AUGAUUGUGUCGGUUGUUUAUGCUAAAUGUAUGUACUUGGAUAGGAGGUCUCUGUGGUCUGAUCUGGUUUCUUUUGGAUCUUUGGCUUUACCAUGGCUUCUCCUUGGUGAUUUUAAUAUCAUCCGGCAUGAUGGUGAGAGAAGGGGUGGGAAUCCAAGGUUGCCUUGUGCAAUGGAGGAUUUUUCGAACUUUAUAGAUGCUGGAGGUCUCCUUGAAGUCCCUUUCACAAGAAAUAAACUUUCUUGGUGUAAUGGACAAGGUGGUUUGGCUAGAAGUUGGGCUCGCCUAGAUAGAGCUCUCUGUAACUCCAGGUAUUUGGAUUUAUUUCCCUUGGUUUCUUUGACAUAUUUGGCUCGUAGGUCCUCGGAUCAUUCUCCUUUAUUAGUCGGGUUGAAGGACAGGUUGAUGCGUUAUGGACCCAGUGUCUUCAAAUUCCAACAAAUGUGGACUUCGCAUGAUGAUUUUUGGAGGAUUGUCUCGUUAGUCUGGCAGGAAGGUAGCUAUGGUUCUGGGUUGUCGAGUCUUGCUAUUAAGCUUAAAAGGCUUAAAAUAGCACUACGAUGCUGGAAUAAAGAUGUUUUUGGAUGGACUGGGGCGCAUAUUAAAAGGUUGGAAGAGAGAGUGGAGGAAGGCGAGACUCAGCUUCAAGAACAUUAUUCGGUUGACGUUGAAACUGAUGUAUUAGCUACUAAACUGGAACUUUCGUCCUGGUUAAAAAGAGAAGAAACUCGGAUUGCUCAAAAAGUAAAAAAAACAUGGAUUGAGCAUGGGGAGGUAAACUCGACUUUUUUUGCAGCCUUACAAGUGCGGAAUCACUUUAAUAUUCAAAAUAUGAAGCUAAAUGAUGGUCGGUUUCUUUCUUCCCCGGAGGCCAUUCAUGAGGAAGCCGUGCAUUACUUUGAGGAAUUUCUUUAG